AUGUUGGAUACAAAUACCGACAAUGUUAUCCACGGCUGGGCUCGUCAAUUGGAUACGGACAAUAUCCUUCUUUGUACCCAUCAACUUGGAACAAGAACAUCUCCAAUUACGCUGGUGGAUAAACGUACUGCAGAUUCGCAGUUACUUGUCAAGACUCUCUACAGGACAAACGUCGAACUUACAUUCAUUGGAGAUAACAGCUUCGCGUUAUGUCCCCAGAAUGGGCAGGUCAAAGUCUUUGACCUUAGAUUCGCGAACAAGCAGCUAUGGUCAACAUCCGCUGAAAAAGCACUCGGCGCGGUCUUAAAAAUCGGAGUCACCGCAGGAAAACUGCACACCAUUCAAGACAAAAAUGGAAUAUCAGUGUUCGAUGUGACCACAGGAGAAAUUGUUCACAGAAAGGUGCUCCCUCCAAAAGGACAUGCAAUCGGUUACCACUCCGGGAACGCAUCUUCUGACUUAUGGAGAGCAGCUUUCAAAACCGUUGCACUGCUAUCAACCUCACAAACGUCUUCCCACAUCGUUCUCCCGGUUCAAAAUGAUUUAUUCGUAACAGGUGAUUCGACAGGAAAAGUUGUCAUGAUGAUUGCUGACACCUCGAUCAACAACUUUGCCGAUCAUUUCAUCACGACCCGUGAUCGCGAUAAGGGAUGA